UUUUCUUAACCUAAUGAACAUACGUAGCUAUCAUCCCUCUCGUUCUCUUCUUCACAACCACCGCUAUUUUCUCUCUUCUUCCCUCUCGCUCUCCUCUUCUACUUCGGCCCCUACCACCACCGCCGUUAACCCCUGCAUCGAUCCACCACCGUCAACCACCCCGUCAGUAUCUGUUCCUCUUUUCUGAUUUGAAAAUUAUGGAUGUGGAAGAAGUAGCAGAGAAGGGAAAGAGACACAAGGGGAAGCAUGACAAGCCAAAGCCAUGGGAUGAUGAGACUGUUGAUCAUUGGAAGGUGGAAAAGUUUGACCCUUCUUGGAAUGAAGGCGGUUUACUUGAAGUCAGCUCUUUCUCUACUCUCUUCCCUCAAUACAGAGAGAAGUAUUUGCAGGAAGCUUGGCCUAUCGUGAAAGGUGCACUGAAAGAACAUGGGAUUUCAUGUGAGCUGGAUUUGGUGAAAGGGUCGAUGACUGUUUCCACAACUAGAAAGACAAGGGAUCCAUAUAUCAUAGUGAAAUCUAGGGAUCUGAUUAAACUCUUGUCACGAAGUGUCCCUGCACCUCAGGCCAUUAAGGUUUUAAACGAUGAAAUGCAAUGUGACAUCAUCAAGAUUGGAGGUUUAGUACGAAAUAAGGAAAAAUUUGUGAAAAGAAGGCAGCGGUUGGUUGGGCCCAAUUCGUCCACUUUAAAGGCACUGGAGAUUUUGACAGGCUGCUAUAUUCUUGUUCAGGGAAACUCGGUGGCUUCAAUGGGUUCAUUUAAAGGAUUGAAACAAGUAAGGAGGAUAGUAGAAGAAUGCAUGUUAAAUAAAAUGCAUCCCUUGUACAACAUCAAAGUGUUGAUGAUGAGGAGAGAUCUUGCAAGCAAUCCAGAACUUGCAAAUGAGAAUUGGGAUAGGUUUCUUCCCAAGUUCAAAAAGAAAAAUGUGAAACAAAAGAAGGUUAAGAGUAAAGAGAAGAAAGAAUAUACACCUUUCCCACCACCCCCACAGCCAAGCAAGAUUGACAUGCAACUAGACAGCGGUGAAUACUUUUUAAGUGACAAAAAGAAGUCUGCAAAGAAAUGGCAAGAAAGACAGGAAAAACAGGCUGAAAAAAUUGCUGAAAACAAGAGGAAGCGGGAAGAAGCAUUUAAGCCUCCAGAGGAAGCCCAAAAACAAGAGGAUGAUAAAAUUAAAAACGACAAGGAAGACAUUGCUGCAAUGACUACAUCCUUGAAGAAAAAAGCCAAGGAGUUGGGAAAUCGUAAAUCGGCUGAUAGCAUCGAUGAUGCAGAGAUGUAUAUUGCAGCGUCGAAGAAAAAAUCCAAGAGCAACAAGUAGUGUCGGUUUAUUUAAUGUUUUUCAUCAUCCAUCAACUCAACUUAACUUUAUUGGACAUGACAACUUUUGGAGGUGAUAGACUGUAUUUUUCUGUCUAAGAUUUAUUAAUAACUUUAUGAUCGUUUAUUAGAUAGUGAAUGACCAAAAGUCUUGAAUUUCGACA